CCAGCUCUCGGAGUGGAGAUAGUUCUAUUCGGGAGCGAAAUGCUCUGGAUUAGGCGCUUUCCUUUCAAAGUGCUCGAACGAGAAACCCCAGAAAUCGCUGCUCGUUCGACAGCUGGAUCGGCCCGGCAGAGCUCGAUCCCGUGCUCGGAAUGUGAGGGAAUCUAUUCCCUGAGAAGUGUCGAAGUGCGAUGUCAAGAGGCGAAAUGCUUUAUGUCGCUGAAUGGCAAGGAAUUCUUUCGUAUUCUCUGCUGAGUCACGUCCAAAGUAUCGAUUCCCUUUACAGCACGGAAAAAACACGCAAUGACUGCCAACCCCGUCGUCAGGCUGGAGGUCGACACGGCGACCAUGCUGCCCAUCCGUCGUCAAUCUCAGAGCGUUCGCGAGAAGUUCUUCAAUAUCAGCGGAGGAUACGAUCUGGCACUAUGCACAGACGCGUCCUGCAAGGAUGGGAUCACGAGCGUCGGUAUCACCGAUGGUUGCGAUAGAUGGAUGUAUCGCGUGGAUGACUACAUGGGUAACAAUAUCGCCGAAAUGGUUGCCAUCAUGCAGGCACUCCGACUGGCGCUCACGGAAUUCCGGCAUCCGAAGCGUUUGCUGAUAGGCUCUGACAGCCGCAGCGUCUUGGUUGGCUUCCAAUCGGCCCUCGAGAAGGAUCGCACAAAUCAGUACACGGUGGCCCUGAAUUUCGGACUUUCCAGCUUCUACGAGCCGUGUGUGAUCACUCUCAUGUGGAUUCCUGGGCACAAGGGGAUACCUCUGAAUGUGAUUGCGGAUCAGAAUGCUGGGAUUGCGAGGCAGCUUCCCGACGUCAGCAUACUCUUCCCCCAAGCUCUGUGGUCGCAGAAAACUCGAUGGUGUCGAAGAAAUCCUUCGGAUCUCUUACAUUUGCCAUUAGAUAGUGAACUCGCCAAGCAUCGUGACGCGGAUACUAUAUUGGAGAGCAUUGAACUCAAGCAGUCGUUCUUGAACUGCGACAAAAGAGUUCCGGGGUAUCCAGAGUUCUCGUGGUGUGAGCUAUGCUCCGCCGGAGACUGCUCCCAAGGCCACAAGCAGACUGCGAAACAUGUUUUCAUGGCAUGCAAGGCCUUAGAGCCCGAAAUAGCGGAGCUCCGCUCGAAGUUCUUGAGCUACGGCAUACCCUAUGAGCUUCCGACAAUUCUCGCGGGAUACUGCAUCGAGGAUACCGCGAAAUUUCUCCAGAAAGUACAGACGCUCAAGGAAUCGCACUUCGUCUGAGGAGGAGGAAUUAUUGAAUAACUCACAAUGAGAGGAAUAUUCCAAUCGAAAUAUUUUGUACACCGAGACCGGGGGUCUCCCUCUGACCUCUGCCAUCCAUGAGCCGCAUAGAGUCGACCCCUCAUCAUGUGCUUAGCUUCAUCGAUCAUUCUACAUUAUGGAUAGAUCUCAACGUGAACUAUAUUUAGGUAAUACCUAUGUGUAUAAUAAGUGAAUUAUCAUAGGUAAAUAUCAUGGGAGAAAAUAAAUGGAUGAGGAA